GUAAUGAUAAUAUUACGGAAUAUCAUGUGACAUGAGGUCAAGGCCACAUGUCAAACUAGGAGUCACAGGAAUCUGACUGAAAAAAGCAAGAUGGUUAAAUGUCCAAUUUGUGGCCCAAAGUUGUCGAUAUGCUGUUCUCUGCUGAGUAUGUGGGGAAUAGUCAUGUUGGGGCUUUUGGGAGUUUUCUACAAAAUCCACAGUGUGGCUUUGUUUGAAGACAUUCCUUUGACAGCAGAAAAAUGGAAAAAAGAGAAUUACACCAUGUCUAUUAUCUAUGAAAAAUACGAUCAAACAGCCUAUAACUGUUUCAUAGCGGCAGGGAUUUAUAUCUUGUGCUUCAUCUUCUCCUGCUGUCAACAAAGAAUGAACUCCAAAGCCAGCUACGAGAUGUCAUAAAAGACAACUGAAUAUUUCUCUUCAAAUGAACAAUCCUAGUCUCUUGUAUGAAUAGAAAGACAAUAUUCAGUGCUAUAUUACAUUAAUUACUAGUGUCUAGUGGGUUACUAUUUAUGAAACAAUUAGGCAAAUCCGUGUACUGAUUUAAAGUACUUUUAUUGAGAAAUUUUGAGAUUGCUCCCUUGUAUAGUAGAGCACUGUUAAGUUGCCCACCCAGACACAAGUACACUACAUUCCAUUGCAAUGUUUUAAUGUCUCUUGGUAUGAUUAGAAAAAAAAAAAAACUUUCCUUUUAAUUUAUCAUGCAGUACUAUCUUGUAUGAAAUAAUAUUUCAUUUGUCAUAGAAUACAUAGUUGUAUUGUAGCAAGUUUUUUUUUAAGGAAAUGUAUAUAUAUGUUAUAAUCAAGAUAUUAAUAGAUAGCUUGCAUAGUUUUACUCUCGUUACAUUAAAAUGUUCUAUAUUAAUUCUGCUGUGAUCCAUAUCAUGUUGUUUGUUUGUUUUGGUGAAUAACCAAUAAAAAAUUUCAGCAACAGUAAUAUCUUUGAUGGAGUCGAUCUUGACACAGAUCUCAAGUCAAGGAUUAGAAUUGUAUCCGGCAUACGCAUGUUGAGAUGUAAAAUUUAAUAAAAUUACAGAGGUGGAUA